AUGAGACCAAGCAAAGAACCAAAGAGGCGGAGCCGCCCUUCGUCUCCGCUCAGGGACCGAACAACAGAGCCCUCCUCCGGCUUCGACCGAAGCACCUCGCCCAAGUCUCGCGCCUCCCGGCUCACAUCGCCGGUCUCUCUUCUCAAUCGGGACUUGGAAGAGCUUCAAGAGCUCGCGACUUCUUCUAACACCAACCCACGAAUCUUUCCGUACAAUGUGAAGCAGCAAUGCUGGGAAAAGGCCGAGAAGAUCAGAGGUCGAGACCCAGACCGGUGGCGUCGAGACUCUCUUGGAAACACCGUGUUCCGGAAGCUCGUCGGUUGCCCAGGUUGCCUCUGUCAUGAUUAUGAUCACAUCGUGCCUUACUCUAAGGGAGGACAAAGUACGCUUGAUAACUGUCAAGUUUUACAGGCAACGGUCAAUCGAUCAAAAGGAAACCGGACUGAGUUUUCUAGAGCUGAGCUCAUUCAGAAAAGUUCCUACUGUCGGGUUUCAGGUCGUGACAUGGAUCUUAUUGAACUGUCAGCCUAUGGCAAUGUUCGUCAUGCACCAAAUUCAGGGGGAUGUAGAAUCCAAUAA